AUAUCGGUGUGAUAUCGGCUGAAGACGCGCUGAAUUGGGGAAUGAGUGGUGUUAUGCUUCGCGGGUCGGGAAUCAAAUGGGAUUUACGCAAAACCCAGCCCUACGACAGUUACGAGGACUUUGACUUCGAUAUACCCAUUGGUCUGAACGGCGAUUGUUAUGACCGAUUUUUGUGCCGUUUUGAAGAGAUGAGACAAUCGGUAAAUAUUAUACACCAGUGUCUGAACCGUAUGCCCGCCGGAGAGGUCCGCACCGAUGAUAACAAAGUGGUUCCUCCGACUCGUGCGGAAAUGAAGUCAUCGAUGGAAGCGUUGAUACAUCACUUUAAACUGUUUACGGAGGGCUAUAGUGUGCCCGCAGGCGCUACUUAUACGGCCAUUGAGGCACCGAAGGGCGAGUUUGGCCUCUAUAUGGUGUCCGACGGUUCGUUCCGACCCUAUCGGUGCAAAAUCAAAGCGCCCGGAUUUGCCCACUUGUCCGCACUCGACUACAUGAGCCGUACUCUACUGUUGGCCGACUUAGUGGCCAUUAUCGGCAGUUUAGAUAUAGUGUUCGGUGAAGUGGAUCGU